AUGAUAUCGUGUCCGCCGUUGUCUGCCACAUCUCAUUUUACCACCCAGAAUGGAACAGUGUAUUUGGGAUCUGGAUUCAUUCAUGAGGCUUUGCAGAGAGCCAGAGAACUGACAGAUGCUGCGUACGCUAACACCAAUGACAGGGUGAAGAUGUCUGUAUCAGACGGUUCUGUCCGACCUAAUGACCUGCUGGCCCUGUUCAAACAGACCGGCCCUAAAACCAGAACCCACAUCAGAUCUGCAGAGUUUCUGGACAACACAGUAGAACUGAUACGAGAGAUGGUGUACACACACACCAUGGACAAGCCCGAACUCACCGAGUUUUUAAGUGCAGAAGACAUGGAGACUAUACUCCAGGUAACAGCCUGCUCCUCAGAAACAUUGAGACCUGUGUGUAAAUCUGACUGUCUGUCAAAACGUUACCGUACCAUCACAGGACACUGUAACAACAGAGAGAACCCUCUGUGGGGAGCAGCAAACACUCCCUACACUCGUUGGCUCUCACCAGAGUACGAGGACCCCCGAGGGGCCCCUAGGGGCUGGAACCCACAACACACAUACCACAACUACACUCUGCCACCUGUACGCAGUGUGUCUCAGGAAGUGUUGUAUACUCAUAAUGACAACAUCUCUCUGGACGUGUCUCUAUCUCAUCUGCUGGUCGAGUGGGGUCAGUGGAUAGAUCAUGACCUGACAUUGACCCCUCAGAGUCCCAGCACUGCAGCCUUUAAAACUGGAGCUGACUGCACGCGUACCUGCAGCAGGGACACACCGUGUUUCCCAAUACAGAUACCCCUGUCCGACCCACGCACAGGUACUCAAAGCUGCAUGCCGUUUUUCCGUUCUGCUCCCAGUUGUACGGGUGGCUCUGUUCCGUUCGGUCGCCGGGAGCAACUAAAUGCCAUCACGGCAUUCGUGGACGCCAGCAUGGUGUACGGGAGCUCGGACACGCUCGCCAUCGCCCUGCGGAACCUCUCGUCUCCUCACGGCCUGCUUGCCGUCAACGAGUUUCACACAGACCAGGGACUCGGCUUCAUGCCCUACCUGCCCCGCACGCAGCCUCACCUGGAUCCCUGCGGCCCACGAGAGGGGCUCCACCCCAUUUCGCCACUAGAGACAGCAGACAAGCAGAACACAGCCAUGGGGAACAGAUCAUUCUGCUUCCAACCAGCGUCUUUAAUAAAUACUGUUUUUGUGGGUGUCUCAGGUGAUUCUAGGGCCAAUGAACACUUGGGUAUGAUUGCUCUGCACACGCUCUUUCUGAGAGAACACAACCGACUGGCUGAGGAACUUCACAAACUCAAUCCUCAUUGGAGCCCUGACACACUGUAUCAGGAAGCCAAGAAGAUACUGGGAGCGGUCCACCAGGUCCUGACAUGGGAUCACUAUUUGCCGCACGUCCUGGGUCGCAGUGCUAACCAAGUCCUCAUGCCCCCGUACAAAGGUUAUGACCCCAACGCUGACCCCAGCAUCUCCAACAUUUUCUCCACCGCUGCCUUCCGGUUUGCGCAUGUGACGGUGCACCCUGUUGUAAACCGCCUCGGACCUGAUUACCGGUUGAACCCUGAGCACCCGGCUCUGCCAUUACAUCACUCCCUGUUUGCAUCCUGGAGGGUGGUGCAAGAGGGUGGUAUAGAUCCUGUGCUGCGUGGUUUGCUCUUGUCACCAGCAAAACUACAAACAGCAGAUCAGAUGAUGGUGGAGGAGCUAACAGAGAGACUCUUUCAGGCUCAAGGGGGUUUGCCACUCGACCUGGGUGCUUUAAACCUGCAGAGGGGGCGAGAUCACGGCCUACAAGGUUACUGUUCCUGGAGAGAACUGUGCGCUCUCUCCACUCCUACAAAUGAGUCUGAUUUAGCAGGGAUUAUGGGUAAUGUAGUCCUGGCCAAGAAGCUACUGCAUCUGUAUGGAACAGUGAAGAACAUAGACGUAUGGGUGGGAGCCAUCUCAGAGCCCGCUUUGCCCGGUGGCCGUGUGGGGCCGCUGCUCGCAUGCCUGAUUGCCAAACAGUUCAAAGCGCUCAGAGAUGGUGACAGGUUCUGGUGGCAGAAUGAGGGUGUGUUUAGCCCGGCCCAGAGAAACACUCUCCGUACCGCAUCUCUGUCUCGCAUCAUCUGUGACAACACACACAUUGAGCUGGUGCCCUCUGACCCCUUCACUCGCACACUGCACCCUGACGACCUGCUGCCCUGCACGCACACACGCAUCAGCUAUAUGAACCUCUUGCCAUGGAGAGAACUGGAUUCAGACCCAAUCUGUGGAGCGGUCCCACGGCUGCAUCUGGGUUUCUCAGUGCUGUGCAAUUCUGCUGUGAUUUAUCAGUGUCCCACUGGAUACCUGCUCCAUGGAGCCACACACAUCACCUGUGACCCCAACACACACCAGUGGACCCCACAACCGCCCACCUGCCAAGAUAUUGAUGAGUGUUCCACAUCAUCUAUUUGCCCUCCACACCUGCAGUGUCUAAACACACCUGGAUCUUACACCUGCACAGAGCCUGUAGCUCCGCCCCUUUCUGCAUCCUCCAUAGUUGCAUCAGUGAUGUCAGUUCUAGGGGGCGUGGCCUUGAUAGUGCUUUUCCUCGCCUGCUACCAAAGAUUUUUCCUUCGUAGAGCCGAGUUGAAGCCAGAAUGCUGUCAGAGGAAAAGCUGAAAAUUGUUUAAAAAUGGGCUUAAAAACGGGCUUAACCGCAGUGUCAUUUUUUUUACACAGCUCAGCCCAAAUACUGAAUGCUCUGAAAGAAUGAAACGUGUUGAAACUUGCAAAUUAUCUUGAACAUGUUCUGUCACACUUUUCUUGUAAAAACAUUGUCUGCAGUAAAUCCUCCGUUUGCUUUGUUGAUAAAUACUUUACCCAUGUUAACAGAAAUUAUACACAUUUUUAAAAUGGGCAUAUUUAAAUGUAAUGUGAAUAUUUGUUCAAUAGAUAACGGAUCAUUUGUUAUGAUUUUUUUCUGAUUUGUUUUCUGCUGACUAAAAGCAGAUUUAACUAAUAUUUUUUACUAUGCAUUUUAACUUGUGUUCAGCACAGCCAAUAGAACUCAGGAUUGAGCUGUGACAUCAUCAUACAGAUAUGAAACCAUUGACAUGGCAUACAUAAAAGUUUCCAAGCUCAAAAUCAUAUGAAUUCAUAUUUGCAGUACGAGUAUUCCAGUUGUCUGGAAGGCAAGAUUGUAUAUUUGACCAAAGUGCUUUUUUAUACAUUUAUACCUGAUUUAUUAUAAAUAAAACUCACGAUACUAUAUAACGAGAUUACAAAAUGAUUCACAACAACAUAUUCGGAUUAUGUCUUUAAUAGACUGAAACCACACAAGGAGUGUAAAGGUCAUGUUUAUCAAAGCAGUUUAACGAACAAUGACACAUAAGCAGUAAAAGGCGAGUUAUACACAGUAAACACUUUGCUAUCAGACAUAAUGAUUGUCACUCAUGCAAUAAUUGUUACUAUCAGGAGAAUAAUACGGAGUGCCUGGCAUCAUGGUAGUAGUACCAUACGCCAUGUUUAAGAUGGCUUUGCAUCCAUACUCAAGCAUGUACAGUAAGUGUUGAUAGUGGCAAAAACAUAUUCAGAUUAAGUGAAAUAACUCAGAAAUCCACAUAGCAGUAUUAUAUUGAGAGACUGUAUAGAAAAGUUCUCUGGCACACAGGAAGAUUUUCCAUUGAAAGCUGCUGUGUGGUUAGUAAACUGUUUCUGUAAACAUAAAAUCAUUGAUGCACAAAGUGUUAGUGUUUUAUCGGCACUGUACACUAAACAAACGUGCAGUAACAAUGAGUUUUAGCACUGCAUAAGUCCAUGUCCACACUAAUAAGAUUUUCGCUUGAAAGUGCAACGAUUUUCAUUGUUUUCGACAUUUACGCCUCUCAACCACACUAGAACUGCGUUUACUUUCGAAAAUGCUCUCUAGUACCACUUGCUUUGUUUUUAGUUUUCAACUGAAACGUUUUAGUGUGGACGUGGCCUACUAAAAUUUGGACAAAUUCUAGAUCAUUAGAUUGGCUAAAGGAUUAGUUCACCCAAAAAUGAAAAUUCAGUCAUUGUUUACUCACCCUUGUGUUGUAACACUAUAUGACUUUCUUUCUUUUUCUGAACACAAAGGGAGAAAUUGUGAAAAAUGUUGUGCUCAGUGAUGUCAUACAA